CGGAGGAGCGUCGAGCUGCGCACAGCAGCGCCUGCGACCGACCGAUCGAUCGAUCCUGCUCCGUCUGCGCUUAUUCUGCGCUUAUUCUACACUCCGUCUGCGCUCUCCCCCUGGCCAUCUACACUUAUUUUACACUCAUUCUGCGAUCUCUCCCCAUCUACACUCAUUCUGCACUCCAUCUGUGAUCCUGCUCCGUCUGCACUUAUUCUACAUUCCGUCUGCGCUCUCUCCCCAUCUGUACUUAUAUUCUGUGAUCUCUCUGCAUCUGAACUUCUUGAAAAACUUUUUCUACAAUCAUUCUGCGAUCCCGCUCCAUCUUCCACACUUAUUCUACACUCCGUCUGCGCUUUCUCGCCAUCUAUACUUAUUUUACACUCAUUCUGCGAUCCCGCUCCAUCUUCUACACUCUCUCCCCAUCUUACACUUUUUCUAACAAUCAUUCUGCGAUCCUGAUUCAUCCACACUUCUACACUCCGUCUGCGCUCUGUCUCCAUCUUCUACACUCCACACUCUCUCCCCAUCCAUCUGCACUUUUCUACACUUAUUCUGCUCGCUCUCUCUCUCUCUCUCUCUCUCUCUCUCUCUCUCUCUCUCUCCCCCCAUCUACACUCCUUCUUCUACACUCAUUCUGCGCUCCUCGCACUGAGGAAAUCACGGCUCGGCCGCGGGACUCUUACGAGGAGUCCGCCCAGGAGCCGUAAAAAGAUGGGCUUUGAGGGAUUUAACAGCAGCCCCCGGACCUUCGUGAGGUAGGACGCAGGCUGCAGCAUGGAUCAGUGCAGGAACAUAAUAAAUAUAAUAACCUUUCAGGAUCAUUCUCUUCUGCUCAGUGUCACAUCCGAGGGGAGGCUCACAGACAAAUGCUGCCCGUUCUGAUGAUGCUGACUUUGUGGUGUGUGCGGCGGGCAGAAGCGCAGACCUGCACUGAAGGGUUCGCUUAUGACCGUCGCAUCAGGCAGUGCGUUGACGUGGACGAGUGCCGGACCAUGGCGAACCCCUGCCGUGGGGACAUGCGCUGUAUCAACCAGAACGGCGGGUACCUCUGUUUACCCCGGGGAAUGUACAGUCAGUCGUAUGACAGGCCCUCCUCCUACCCCAAUCCCUCUUACCCGGACUCAUCAGUGGGUUACCAGGAACCCUACCCCCAACCCCCGGUGCCCGCCGCACCCCCGAGUUACCCCAUUGUGGGCCGGUCUGCCCCCUGCCUGCUGGGAUACACGCUGGGGGAGGGAGGCGUAUGUGUGGAUAUUGACGAGUGCGAGACGAAUUCCCACCAGUGCAAUCCGACCCAGGUGUGCAUUAACACAGCAGGAGGAUACACCUGCUCGUGCACGGAGGGGUAUUGGCUCGUCGGCGGGCAGUGCCAAGAUAUUGACGAGUGUCGCUAUGGAUACUGUCAACAGCUGUGUGCCAAUGUGCCAGGGUCUUACUCCUGUUCAUGCAACCUUGGCUUCACCCUCAAUUCGGAUGGAAGAACCUGUCAAGAUGUGGACGAGUGCGAGAAUACACCCUGUGCCCACGGCUGCUUCAACACCUACGGUUCCUUCAUGUGCAACUGCGGAGAGGGCUUUGAGCUGGCAGCCGACGGGACCAGCUGUAAUGACCUGGAUGAGUGUGGCUUUGCGGAGUUUUUGUGUCAGCACUCUUGUGUGAACAACCCCGGAUCAUACUCUUGCGUUUGUCCCCCGGGGUAUUUGGUAUUUGAUGACGGACGCAGCUGCGAAGAUAUCAAUGAAUGUGACACUGGUAACAACACCUGUACAACAGCACAAGUGUGUUUCAAUUUCCAGGGGGGGUAUAAAUGCCUGGACCCUUUAAAAUGUGACCCACCUUACAUUGAGUUUAGUGAAAAUCAGUGUAUGUGUUCUUCUGAGAAUCCUGCAUGCCGGGACAAGCCCUUCACCAUCCUGUACCGGCACAUGGACCUGUCCCCGGGCCGCAGUGUGCCCGCGGACAUCUUUCAGAUGCAGGCCACUACACGUUACCCAGGGGCCUUCUACAUCUUCCAGAUCAAGUCCGGCAACGAAGGACGAGAGUUCUAUAUGAGGCAAACCAGUGAUGCCAGUGCCACUUUGGUUCUUGCACGUCCUCUCAAAGGUCCACAGGAGAUGGUCCUGGACCUGGAGAUGGUCACCGUCAACAACGUCAUCAACUUCCGGGGAAGCUCCAUCAUCCGACUCACAAUAUUUGUUGCGGAGUAUUCCUACUGAGACCCAGAACCUGACAUCUUCUACCUGUGGAGCCUUAAUCUCACUGCCCUCCCUCUCCCCUUUCCUCCAGCAGGCAGCUUGCUUUGUCUGGGUUUUUGCCUACACUGUUCCAGGAGACUGGGGACAGUUCCUGGUGUUGUGCCCUACCAUCUUCCAUCUCUCCUCACUCCUCUGCAGGGACACUGUGUCUGAAAGCUGCCCGCAAAAAUAUUUAUAUUUUAAUGGAAGAUGACUUUAUUGUUUGUUCUUUAUGAAUAUUAUCGGGUCAUUGUUUCCAUUGAUUUUUCAGAGACUUUUCAUCUUUCGUGAAACACCAAUGGUAUGCAUCCUUAAGCUGAAUGAUUUUUUUUUUUUUUUUCUUUGAUUCUGUUUUGUUUUUCACUUUUAUUUUUUUGUGAACUCCUUAUAAAGCUGUGAAGAUAAGGUCACACAGCUGUAUUUGUGUGUGUGUGUGUGUGUGUGUGUGUGUGUGUCAAAUAAGUCGGUGCACGCGCAUUUCCUUCAAUAAAAAGGGCAACGCAUUUCAACAGGAAAAACCAGGCAAAUUUCAGGGGAAAGCAGACUUAGCAAUCGCACACUGAAAUGAGCAGAAAGGAUGUAGAGUGACCUUUGGGAUGCACAUCACUAAUGUGGACCAUCGCUGGGCAAGCAAAUGGCAAAGGAGAAAACCAUCAGAUGUGAUGAUGAUGGGUGUAUAAAUGUUACACAUCUGAGUUUAAAAUAAAACAGGAUAUUAUUGUUGACCAUCCAUUGUCCUAGCCUAGAGCUGAUUUUCAUUCCUAAUGACGAAAGUCAAACAUGAAUAUGUGAAACUAAAGUGAGAAAAAGACUAUAUAAUUUAAAAUGCCUCCAAAACAUGUUUGAUGUGCUAUAUGAUGCUUUCAUUGUAGUGACAGGAUUUCAUGCAUUAUUGUUAUAUUUCCAACAACACCUGGCGAAUAAAAACGUUUUUAUUUUAAAAUGUUUUAUGUAACUCCUAAACAUCAUGUCUCGUCCUUUAUAACUGUUUUUUGAAGACCCUGUUUACUUCGGUCAGUAAAAUAAACGUAU